AUGCAGGUAGCCAUCUGCCAAUUUUAUAAUCAUAGACUCGCUAGAUCAAAAAACCAUCCCAUAUGAGAAGCCAAAAUGGUUGCCGUAUGGAACAGAAUUAUUAUUAUUCGAUUUAAUCAAUUCUUCACAAUUAUUAAAUGGAUGCAGCCGAUUAAAUUUCCAAGAAAUCCGAUUGAUCAAAGUCUUAGUAGUGAAACUUCAGAAUAUGAAUCCAGAUGCUGAAAUUGGAAUCAUAACGCCUUAUAA